ACCUCCGUUGGUAGUUGGUUUUGGUUCGCAAAUACUAUUGCGGUUUUCUCAUUUUAUUUUGUCAUAAAAUAUGUGCCAGGUUUUUUGUCAGAAUUAUAUUUAAUAGGGAAGUUGAGAAAACUACAAAAAGAAUCGAAAAUGACCUCCAGUUAUGAUGUUCCAAAAAGAUGGUUUCUACACUUCUACAUUGUUGGGGUGGUGGUUAACUUCGUCCUCCUGUCUUUCAUACUACUCGGAUGGUUUCCACAACCUGUUUACUCACUGUUACACCUGCUACACAUGCCCAAUCGUAUUCCAGAGGUUGAUGUUCUGCCAGUGUUGUUGGUGCUGGUGAUGGAACUGAUCCAGGUGGUACGGCGUGCCUACGAGUGUCUGUAUGUCCACGUCUUCUCAAACUCCAACAUGAGCAUCGUUCACUAUGUCAUUGGUCUACUUUUCUACGCCAUGUUUGGGGUGUGCAUGUUGUCUGCAGUUGACUACAAACACCUCACAGUUACUACAGAACACACCAGUGCCCACGAUGUGGCUCACUACAUUCUGGGCUUUACCAUCUUCACUAUUGCAUCAGUUUGUCAACACGGAUCUUUCCAGACCUUGGCGAGUCUGAGGAAGUCUUCAUCAGGUCAAGUUGAAAACACAAAGCAUUUGAUUCCAAGUGGUGGCCUGUUUGAAUAUGUGUGCUGCCCACACUUCUUCACAGAAAUCAUCAUUUACUUGGCCAUGAACAUUGUGCUAGGUUUCGAGCAUCAGACUGCUGUCGCUUACUUGAUUUUUGUCAUCGUGAACCAGUCGAUCAUGAGCUGGAUGUCUCACAGGUGGUACAGGGAGAAUUUCAGCAGUUAUCCACCAAAGAGGGCAGCUGUUAUACCUUUCAUUUUUUAAAAAACUAUUACAGUGUUUGACAAAUCUUUGAGAAAGUCACUAGCCCUCACAGAAGCUUUUGCUAUAGUGUCCUAUCUAAUAUAGUUAAUGAUGUCCUCUUGCCCAGAACAAAACUUCACUAGCUGGGACCAAGGGCUAGUGGAUUUGUUGAACCUGACUAUUACCAUUUACAAUUUUUUUUUAAUUUACUUUUAUAAACAAGUGAUAUAGAGUAGAAACAAAUUAAGUUACACUGCAACAUUUUACAAGUAGCAGUCUUGAUAGUCGCAUCUGAAAUAUUAAUAUUUUUAAUGUAAAUGUGUUCAGUUGAUUGGUUACGGACACUACCAAAUGUCACAUCUGCCAAUGAACAGUUAGAUUUGUAGCUGAUAAAAUGGAAAUCGUUAUUAAUCAUCUGAACUAUUUUAAAGCUGUAUUUUUCAAAUAUGGGAAAUGUUAUUAGUUUUGUUUGAAAGAUCCUUUAUUGUUAUAUCCUGUCUGUGGGAUGGUGCAUAUUAAAGAUCCCUUGCUAUUAAUCGAAAAAUAUAGCGGGUUUCCUCUCUGAGACUGUAUGUCAAAAUUACCAAAUAAAUCAAUGUGUUCUAGAGGAGUCGUUAAAACAAACAAACUUUAACUUUAUUGUUAUAUUCAGUGUUGAAUGAUUUUGCUCAUAUUUAUGUUUCGUAUUGGUUUGAACAAGGUAACAAAGUUAUCAUUUAUUUUACGACGGUUUCCUGAACAUUUUAAGCUAAGGAUGCACAUUGUUACUUUUCUGACGGUAUAAAUGUUUUCAUGUAUAUUAUGAUUUUAUGUCUAGAAACUCAGGUUUUGUUUGUAGCAAUGUACGUAACCAAACAUUAGUGACUUUACUAUUUCUUUGCCCAUCUUAGUUGAGUGUAAAACAGUAUAUUAUGCCUUUAAGGGAACUAUCAAGUCAAAUAUGAGCUUUAUGUGUUGAAAAAAUGCAUACCCUGAACCACCAACACAUACUGACAGUUUAAGAAAUGAAAAAUGCAUAAUUUUAGAAUUCCCAUGAUUAUUCCUGCUAACUAGGGGCAACCAUUUUUUUAUUUAUAGACUAGUACUUUAGCUUGGAAGAAAAGUAACGUCAGCUCCUAUAAACUACCGUACUCCUGUAUGCACAGAGUAAACAAACCUACUUAUUUAAGGCCAGGCGCUUCGCUUUGAUAAGCCUUGUAAAACAACAUAAAUGCCCUCAUAAUAUAAUAAGCUAUUUAACUAACCAUAUUUCAAUGUGCAUUAUUAAAAUAAAAUGGUGUUGCAGUAUUUUCCCCUCGACAACCAAGUGAUAAUUUCAUUUUCUUAGGAAUUACAUAAUUGAUCAGUUCUGUGAUUUUAGAUGGGACAGUCUACAUAAUCAAUAAUAUUACAGAAUUAUUUACUAAUUUGGUUGAUAAUGUCCAUUACCAUUUCAAGGUUGACAGGUUAUUUGUUGGAGAACGUUUUAAUUUUCUUCAACAAUCAAGAUCCACUACCUGCUGAUAACACAAGUGCCUACAUUUUUUCCAUACCAUUAAACAAAGACUAAUACAUUUAUUAGGACAUGUCAUGAUGCAUCAGAUUGGUAAAAAGACAGCACAAUAUCAUGUGAUGUUAAUAACACAGGUACAAAAUUUUUUUGUGUCUAGAUGGCAGUGUCACUACCAAACAAUUGAAAUUGCAUUGUCUGGUAAUCUAUCAAAGAUUCACCUGCCAAUCAGGAUUCACAGGUGGAGGUUCCUAAAAGAAUAGACCAAUUAACUAAGUAGACUGUCAUUUUAUACUUUCCGUAUGUAGGUUUCUGAAAUAUCUUGUCCUAAAAAGACAGAACAUGAUAUGUCAUUAACAUACCAGUAUGUUUGUUUGUUCAGUGUUAAGACAUAUACCUUCAAGUAUUACGUAACAACCUGCUCACAAGAGUGCGAAUUCAGUGGGAUGGAAAAAAGUGGCUGCGCCCAUUAUUUAUAAUAGUUGUCACAUGUUUACUGUUUUAUUAUAUAACAUUUAGUGCAAUAUCUUAAAAUAUCAGUGAAAUAAAAGGGUUAUCAGUCACUCAGUGACGACAACACAUUUUAGAGUGAAAAUUUCACUAUUUCA